GAUAUCAUAUGGCUGUCCUGUCCUCCACAUGAACCCUAAAAUUUUCAAUAUUAAUUUCAACACAGCCCCCAAAUUUUUACCUAUAAAAUCCCCAACUUUGUGUGUCCCAAUUCCCAUCAAACACAUUAAUUCAUCAAUCGAAUAAUUAAAUCCAAAACCCUAAUUCUUAAUUCUACAAUGGCUUCUAAAGCAGCUGCCCUAAUUUUUAUCCUUUCGAAUGUUCUCUUUUUUGCAAUGGUGGCCUCAUCAUCAUCAGAUCUUCCAGCUCUCUCAACUGAGUGCCAAAGCUGCACCAAGCCAGCCAAUCCCGAUCACCAUCACGGCAGCCAUGGCGGCGGCGGCAAGUGCCCCACUCUAAACUUGGGUGUGUGUGCCAAUGUGCUGAACCUGGUGAAAUUGAAGAUAGGAAAUCCUCCAAAGGAGCCUUGCUGCAGCCUGAUCCCCGGCGUGCUCGAUCUUGAGGCUGCCCUCUGCCUCUGCACCGACAUCAAACUCGACGUGUUGGGCAUUGUUAAGCUCAACCUACCACUCUCACUCGAAUUGCUUGUGGGCCUCUGUGACAUUAAGCUUCCCAAGGACUUCAAAUGCCCAGCUUAAUUAGAGAUUUCGAUCAAUCUACCUUGAUAUUUUUGCAAUAUCCAUCUCACUACUCUUUUGGUUGUUUGUUGAUUUAUUAUUUUAAUCUGGUCUAGGGUUUGUUUUUCGACGUCGUUAUCAUCGUCUCAAUGUUAUUACAUAACAUUGCUGGCUGUAUAGAAGGUUUCUGGCCUUCUAGCACAGUAGUCAGCAAUGGAUUUUUAAUUAGCCUUUGCAUUUAAUUAUUAAAUUGAA